AUGGUAGGGGAUUUUGGCGCCAAUUUAUUCAUCGCUAAGCCGACUCUUUCUGGACCGUUCCGCAGGCUCCAGCCCCAUAUCUACGAGAUGGUGACACUAGGCUCCGACGACACGGCGUUGUUUCUGAGGACGAUGGGUUCUCUACCCCCGGAGUUCUUCGCGAACACCGUCAAAAAACUCUGCCUGUCUGUGUCGGUCAGCGGGAGAAAUGCGACACGGAUCCUCAGCGCCUGUACCGGGGUAAUGGACCUAGCGUUUUGGGUCGACUACAUCGGCACCGUUCCGAACCGCUCCCUCGUCCCGUACAUCUCGCCACUACCCCUCCGCAAGCUUUCUGUCGAGGUUUCCCACUUUCUCGCCCUGUUUCCGACAGGUGGGACCCGCCAUCCAUGGUGUGAAUAUCUAACCCAUCUCGACAUCAUCUUUUGGACACACGAAAUGGCCCCGGUUAUUCCUCCCCUCGACAGACUCCCUUCACUCACGCAUUUGGCCCUACGUCUCGGCCAUAAUCAACCCCAGGAAGCCAGCUUGUCGAGCAUACUUUCCACCUGUCAAGCGCUCAAGGUGCUGAUUAUUUUUGAUGACGCGGAGGAGGCCGCCGAGGAGACGGUGUGGAUGGUCGAUCCUCGAGUCGUGUUCAUGCCAUACCCUGCCAACGUCGUUCGCGAGUGGGAAGCUCAAGCCCGACAAGAAGAAUCUUGCAGUUGGUCGCGGGCGGAAGAAUUAGUGCGGCGACAUGCCGCCAACCGUGAGCGAGCUACCUCGACAUAA